UUAACAGAGAAUCCAAGCGAAAGCAAAAGCAUCACACGAUUAACUCAAAAACCGAAAGGCUGGUGAGGAGGACGACCAUGGCGGCCACUGUCGCUGCUGCCUAUUUCCUCUUGACUGCUGAUUACGGCUCCGAGCCCAACGCUUUCGACCCCGAGGAAGCAAGAUUAGUUGGUCAGCUCCGCAACCAUAGAUUGGUCAACUUGCUCGGUUGUUGUUGUGAAGGUGAUGAGAGGUUGCUUGUGGCGGAAUAUAUGCCCAAUGAAGCACUUGCAUCAUAUCUUUUCCAUUGGGAUGUGCAACCUACGAAAUGGGUAAUGCGAUUAAGGGUUGUGUUACAUCUUGCACUGGCUCUAGAAUACUGCACAAGUAAAGGGCAUGUGCUUUAUCACGACCUUAAUGCUUACAGAAUUUUAUUCGAUGAGGAUGGCAAUCCCAGAAUAUCCACCUUUGGCCUGAUGAAAAAUAGUUGGGAUGGGAAGAGUUAUAGUACAAAUCUGGUAUUUACUCCUGAACAUAUUAGGACUGGGAGAGUAAAACCAGAAAGCGCAGUAUAUAGCUUUGGACUCUCUUGAUUGAUCUUCUCAGCAGAAAGCAUAUCCCCUCUAGCCAUGCCCUAGACCUGAUUCGAGACAGGAAUCUUCAGAUGCUGACAGAUUCUUGCUUGGAAGGACAGCUUUCUAAUGAUGAUGGUACUGAGUUGGCACGCUUGGCUUCAUGAUGUUUACAAUCUGAACCCUGAGAGCUACCAAAUCCAAAGUCAUUAGUUGCUUGUUUGACUCCUCUUCAGGAAGAAACUGAGGUUGGUUCUCUCUCCUAUGUCUCUCUAAUUAAGCAGCAUUCUGUUCCCAACUUCACUCAGGGAGCAUAGUUUGACUGCUUAAAAUCUUCACACAGUUGUUUGUAGAUCUAUAUUUUAGGGCAGUCUUAUAAGCAAUAUAGUCAUAUGUUAUCUUCUUUUCACUGGACACAAUCUGAGCUAUUUGUGUAAGCUCUGAUCUACUGAUUUAUUAUUUGUAGUAAUACUGAACCUUGUACCAAGCGGAAAUAUUUGAAAAUUUGGGAAGGGGACAUGACACUAAUUUGUUAUUAGUGAGGACUUGAGAGAGCUACACUUUUGUUUAGUGCCUUUCAUGGUGAAAGAUACUCUAUAAAAUAUGAAUCUCUUAUGCCCCGAAACUGUGGGUAGUUAACUA